AUGUCUGAUAAGAAUAGUCUUAGAGGCACCGUGGAUCAUAUUAAAAUACAGAAGUUCAAAAAGACAAAGGGCUAUGAAUCUAAGUUGGACAAACUCUAUGAAAAGGCCUUGAAGGCAAAACCGGGCAAAGAGAACAUUGAGGUAAAAUCAGUGGGUAAAUCCAUGAAGUUCAAAUCCUUUGGCAAAAAACCCUCUCCGGUUAAUGCUAUCGACUAUGAAAAGAUAAGGAGCCUCAAGAAAUCCUCUCCCGCUGAUAGGGUUGUCGCCUUCGCCUACCCGGGACCGGAUGAAAAAUCACCUAUUUUGCUGCAAACGAUGCGAUUUAAGGAGGAGAAGGCUUACAACAGCUUCACAGAGAAAAUGGAAGGUCGUGUGCAAUCUCCACCACCCUCGCGCCCUCAAUCACCUCCAUAUUCUGAACGCCCCACUUCUGAGCAUCCAGCGGGCCCUACAACACCUCCUACAACCGAGCGAACCAAGAACAUCAGGACUCCUCCACCUUCUACUCGCUACUCAUCGCCAUCUUUCUCGUCUUCUUUGUCAUCUUCCACUUAUCGUCGCAAGACACCAAGACAUCAUUCGAGCAAACCAAAUCGUUGUGUGCAAUCCUACAUUUCUACAGAUGGCCUAUAUCAACCCUCUCAUAGGAGAGCUCGAAGCAAGAGCCCUAUUAUAAGAAUUCACUCGCCCUAUCAGACCACCUACAUCACGACUACCUCAAGAUUUCACACAUCACCACCACAAAGUCGGGCGUCAUCAGCCAGACAGAGGAGGUCACGACCUUCAAGGCCACCACAAAGGCAAGUCAAAGUAUGCACGAUCUAUAAGAUGUCAAGAAAUGCCAGAUCGGGAGGCAGUUAUAGCUCCUCUUCCGAUAAAAGUUCUAGUACAAUGACUGAAUCAAGCAAUUCCAGUGCCUAUUCAAGGGGUUCAUUUAGAUUGCGGCCAAGGGUUUACUACACAAGCAGCAGUAGAAGCAGCAGCCGCAGCAGCAGUGGUUCAAGUUCAGACGAAGGACCAGAACUAUUUGGUACAUCCAUUCCAGAAAGCCGAUCCUUUGUCAUUUCGCGUUGUACCAGGGAUGGGCAUUCCACAAUGCGAUGUCGUCCGGUAGGAGGCAUCACAGUGACAAGUGAGACUCCCAGUUUUACCUACGAGGCCUAA